CGGUGCUGAAGGUGAGACGCUGUUUGAGAGGAGCACAAACUGAAGUUAAGUUAAGUGGGGGGGGUUGAACCGAGGACGUGUGGCUUGCUGGCAAAGUGGCAUCUGAGUGAGGAAGUCUUCUGCUGGUCUCCAGACUCUCUGGACUUCAUACAAGGACCGAGUCAGUCUCACUUAAUCCGGAUUCUAUCCUGCUUAUAACCAUGAGGACAAACGUAUGGAUAUACCAAGCUUUGGUGUGUGUAGUGGUCACUAUAUUGGAUACAGGGUUUUGCAGAAGGACUCAUCAGUCAUUACAGAAGUAUGAAAAGACCGAGCAUCACAUGCUGGUUUGCCUGGAUUGUCCUCAGCGGACGAUGGUGCGAAACAGUCGAUCACAGGAGCACUGCGCCCGCAAGUGCAAGAAGGUCAAGAAAAACUUCAGCUGCAGGGCUUUCAACUUUCAACGACACAACAGGAAAUGCCACUUGCUUCCCUUUGACCGUUUCACCCAUGGUGCACAGAAGCAGGCCAAUGUCAAUUUUACUUUGUAUGAAAAAAAAGAUUAUAUAAGGGAGUGCAUCAUCGGCACCAAGGACAACUACAGAGGCAGGAGGUCAUGGACAAAGUCAAACAUCACUUGCCAAGCGUGGUCAGAUAACAUCAUUAAUGAGCACACGUUUUAUCCUGAUAGGUACCCAACGCAAGACCUGAGGGAGAACUUCUGUCGGAAUCCUAACAACGAUCCUGGUGGUCCUUGGUGCUACACCACUGACCCAAAUGUACGAGCCGAAGAGUGUGGCAUACCCAAAUGCUCAGAAGAAACCUGUAUGACAUGUAAUGGGGAAGAUUACCGGGGCAAAAUGGAUCAUACAGAGAGUGGCAAAGAGUGCCAGAGAUGGGACUCCACAAGACCUCACAAACACCACUUCCAGCCCAAAAAGUAUCGAGACAAAGAUUUAAAGGACAACUACUGUCGUAACCCAGAUAAUCGUCUUCGCCCCUGGUGCUUCACCAUGGAUCCCAAAACUCCGUGGGAGUACUGUAACAUCACUGUGUGUGGUAAUGACUCUGACUCAAGUGAGGAGACAUAUGUCAACGUAACAACGUCCUGUGUCCAGGGAAAGGGCACCGAUUACCGCGGCACAAUGAAUGUGACUCCAGAGGGUGUGACAUGUCAGCGCUGGGACUCCCAGUUUCCCCAUAACCACUCGUUUCUUCCUCAGAACUUCAAAUGCAAUACGUGUAUGUGUCACAGGGACCUCAGAGAGAACUACUGCCGCAACCCUGAUGGUGCAGAUUACCCUUGGUGCUUCACUACAGAUCCUAAUCAGAGGAUAGCCAACUGUACACAUGUCCCUAGGUGUGAUGCUGACGCCACACAAAAAAUAGACUGUUAUGAAGACAAUGGAGAGGCAUACCGGGGCACUUUAUCCAUAACCCGAUCAGGAAUUCCAUGUGCAGAAUGGUCACAUCACAUAAACAGUGGGGAUUCUCACUCUACAGAAUCCCACGUAGGGCUGGAGAGCAACUACUGCCGGAACCCAGACCGGGACAAACAUGGCCCCUGGUGUUACACCAAUCCAAAUAAUCGUUUGGUCUGGGACUACUGCAAGCUGAAGCACUGUGAAUCAGCUACAGUGGCUCCUCAAGCAAACCAAACUCUUACAAGGCCCAAGAUAUCGUGCUUUGUGCAUAUAAACACCAGGAUUGUUGGAGGACACCAGGUGAGAGGAACAGACGGCAGCUGGGUCGUAAGCAUCCAAAGAGAGAAGGUUCAUUUGUGUGGUGGCUCGCUGAUCAGAGAAAACUGGGUUUUAACGGACCAACAGUGCUUCACCUCCUGUGUUCCAGAUCUCAGAGAUUACAGUGUGCAGGUUGGUCUGCGUCACCUUAAUGAAUCCUCAAACCACCCGAGGCUGCGGAUCUCUCGCCUGAUCUGUGGCCCUGAAGGAUCCAACCUGGUUAUGCUGAAGCUAGCAGAUCCUGCCCCUGUGUCUGAAGGUGCCUCCACCAUUCACCUCCCAGUCAAAGAGUGUCACAUCCCUGAAGGCACCAACUGCACCAUGUAUGGAUGGGGGGAAACCAAAAAUUCUGGACACGAUGAGGUGCUAAACUCUGUGACCAUGCCUAUGGUGGAUAAUGACAUGUGCUCACAAAUCAAAGGGGAUGCUGGGGAGAGCAGAAUAUGUGCCGGCGGCAGGAGGGGGGAAGGCAUUUGUGACAAAGACAACGGUGGUCCUUUAGUUUGCCAGGAACAUGAGCGCAAAGUCAUCGUCGGCGUGAGCAUCCAAAGAGCAAAAUGCGCCUCAUCGCAGCCGGCACUUUUCGUUAACGUUGCCUUCUACUCUGAGUGGAUAUACAAAGUGUUCAGACUCUACCCCAACUUCGAGAGGAACUGAUGCAUGGCUUAAGCACAAACUGCAAGAAGGAACUGGCAGCAAAUUCCUAGACUAUUCCAACAUGGGGAGGAAAUGAGGAAAAUCACCUAAUGCGAUUUUCUGGCUGUUUUUUCCGAGAGGACAGAGAUUAGAGAUCGAAGACUGGAUAAAUGAAAUGGAAUAUCAUCCAGUUUUUUACUUUGCAAAUGAAGACAUCAUUUAUUAAACCAAAGUCUUUGGCACAUGCAUACAGUACUAAUAGUAUUUUGACAUGUUCAGAAUUUCUGAAGCCACUCAAACAAAGACAAUGAAAGAGAAGGACUCUUGUGACUCAGUAUUAUCUCCUGGAAUUUACUUGAAUAUGGACAGAACCUGGUUCUCUGGGGGUCGCUUCAUGGGUUACCCUUUUUGCGACUGGGAUUUCUCCUUUCUACGCAUUGAGCUGGACUGCAAAUAAUCUCUUUACCCCCAACACAAAGACACUUAUGUGAUCAUACAUCUUUGGUAAACCCUACAAAUAUUGGACCCAAAAUGAUAAAUAGUGUUCUGCUACUCAAGAAUCUUUAAAGCCACCUGUAGGCAGUACAGACACUAUGGGAAAAAAUAGCAUUUAGCUUAAAACCCAUAAUUGCAACGACAUUUAAAAUAUGGCUUCCAAAUGUCCAGCAUUAAAGUGUAUGAAUUACAUUAUUGCUGUUUAAAAAGCUAACUGCAAAGCCGUGCCAUGCUAAUUGUGUGCAGUAGCUGGACUACCUUUUCCCUCAGUUAGCUGUAAUUGUUAGUAUCCCCGUGAGAGGGUCUAAGUAGGACUGAGUGGACUGCUCCACAUCUUAUGCUAAUAUUUGUAGCAUGAGAGAGAGAAGAGUCAUGCCAAAUAUAACAUGGCUAUUUGGCCUCCAGUUUGGAGGGAACUUUGGCCCCUGAUGGGCUGUGUGUGGUCAGUAGGAGAUUUUAUACUUUACUUUUGUUUCAUGGAAAGUGACUCCUUAUGUACAGAACUGCAGAUUUAUAGGUGUGUUUCCUGCAGAGUUGUAAGGUUUUAUGGGUCUUAUAGAUCUGGAUUAUUGUUGGUUGUCUCAUGUCGGAUUGGUUUUCUUUGUGUCUUUGAUUGUCUUAAAUAUUUAAAGAGACUAGUCGCAUUGUCAGAAGAAGUUAGAUAUAUUUAUUUUUGUUAAAUGAGCACAAUACAUCAUUCAAAAGGAUCCAGAUUCUGAUGUGAUAUUUAGCGUUUUUUUUCUUCCUUCUGAGAGUAAUUGUGACCCCAGAAUAAGUGGUCUGGAUGUUUGACUUACAGGUUGACUUACAGGUAACCGCUAACACAAACACGAUCUACAAUGAAAGCGUACAAAAACCCUCUUCAGUAAGGACUACGUGUUGCUGAGCAAUAAUAUUUAUCCAGAGAGUUUAACCUUUACCAGCUGUGCAUUUUAAACAAACGCACAUACUGAAUGCCAGAAAUCAAAGGUUAUUCAAACAUUUAAAGCAAAAUAAGUACAAAAGCACUCAUUCAAUAGUAACAUACCAAUCUGAUUCAAAUGAGAUUACAAAACACAACAGAAGUAUAUAUUAAAGCUCUUGUGAAGAACUUUUGAUUUGUGUUGAUUUUGGCGCCCCAUGUGGAUAAAGUGGUAAAUAAAGAUGUGCCCUUUUGAUCUCUUCAUCCGACACCUACCCCUUCCUAGCAGUAACAGGCAUAAGAAAUGACAUUAUGAAAAACAUGAAUCUUGUUGUUAAUGGUCUCUUAUCCUUUUGUAGGUUAUAAAAAAGGCUUCAGAAUAAAUCUCAGUGUGUUUUAACCAGUUAGGAACUCCUCACAUGAGCUUUAUUUUGUUAGCAAAAUAAGAUCCUUUAAAGACCAUUUGUCUUUGACCCUUGUGCUAUUUUGGGUGGAGGUAAUUUAGCUAGUUAGCCAGAGAGUUUAAAUAGAAAAUGCUACUAUUUCUUUUCAAUUUCCCCUUUUUUGUGUUGCUCCUAUCUGAGUGUUAAACCAUGCACCCUGCUCUUAGCUCUAAGAUGACUGUUCUAAAUAUCACAUGUAAAUAGUUCAAAACAAUGGAAGCUGAGAGUGGCCGUGCUUACAGCGUUUUGAAAAUCUGCUCUGAAAGUUGCAUAUUAAGCCUUUUAAGAAAACUGUAUUUUAAAAACGAUCGUAAACCAGGCUUAUCUUGGCUGCCAUACAAUCUUAUCAUGGAACAAAAACACACCAAUGUUAGUCGCUUUCCAUCCGUCAUUUUCCCUUUGAUUCAAGUGUGACCACACGUGAAUGAAGUUGCAAUUGAACAAAAGAAAAAGCUUAAUAAAAGCAGUUUACAUAAUCAAGUGAAACCAAAUAUCACAUAAUGUAAGUGUAUUGUAAAUGUAUCCGUUUCCUUGACGGCUGUUUUACUUGUUAUUUAAUUUUACUUUUAUGUAAAUAUGCAUUCUGUAAAUUCCCAUCUGUAAUUUUUGUAAAUAUCAUACUAAACUAUUUUUACCUUAUAUGUUCGUAUACUGUAAACUUUAAUUAUAACAGCUGCUAUUUUGUUUUCUAGUACGUUGUUUCAUAUCUAUGACCUUUUCUGAAUUCAGCAGCCUUUGUAUCAUUCCUAUUUUAAUAAACAACUUGA